AUGCAUACGGGAUUUGAGCAACGCGAACACAAGCUGAAAGCAGAGCUCGUCACAACGAGCCACGACCUGAGUUCAUCACGUCGCAAACAAGAUUGGAAACGACGAACCAUGGCAUCGCAAAAGACGGGCUUGCGUCAGAGCAGGUCACAAGACACCCUACUCCCGGAACGCCACAGAUUGCGGCAAAUAUUGACUGCGAGCCACAGCUCGCGAUACGCCAAUUUAUCCAAGUCAUUUCGAGAUGACCUUACUCUUCAGCUCAUCAUUCUUAACCUUAAGACUAAUGAGCUGGGGGCUAACUGUUGGGGUCGGAAUACUCCCCGCCGAGCUCAACAAUUAACAUUGCAGAAUGUUACCGAGGUGCGAACAAACCAGCAUACUGUGCGAACCACGGCGUCGCGAGCUGAGGAAAGAUCCGCGACGAGCUGCGGAUAUGACGAGCUAGAAGGGAUCGUGCACAAGUGA